UGCAGAGAGAGUUCACCACCACAGUGUUUCAAAAACGAUCCCCCGACUCUCUUGCCUCCUAAACCCAACCAUUUCGCGGAAACACUGGUUCAGAGGGAGAAGAGAAAGCGAAAUCUCUAGAAAGAAGCUCUUGGAUUCUUCCUCGUCGUCGAGCUCUCUCGAUCAGCCGCAAUGCAGUUCUGGGGUGUUGAGGUGAAAAGUGGAGAGCCGCUCCCGGUUCAGUGUGGGGAUGACUUCAUUCUGCACCUUUCGCAGGCUACUCUUGGUGAGUGUAAGAAGGACAAGGGAAACGGCUCGGUUUCCCUGUCUGUGAAGGUUGGGGGCAAGAAGCUCGUUCUUGGGACACUUUACCCAGAGAAGGUUCCUCAGUUGCAAUUUGAUUUGGUGUUUGAACGAGAUUUCGAGUUAUCUCAUACUGGGAAGAAUGGGAGUGUAUACUUCAUGGGUUACAAAGUUCGUGAAGCUGAAAAUGAAGACUCUGAGUUGGAGAUGGAGCCUCUUCCAGCUGCUGCUGUCAAUGGUGGACCUAUAUCUCUCACUAAUGAGAACAAGCCGGCUAAAAGGGAAAAGGCCAAAUCUGGUCCCUCUGGAACUAAGCAUGUUCAAAUUAUUGAGCCUAAGAAGGAUGACGAGGAAAGUGACGAUGACUCUAGUGAUGAAGAUCGCUGGUUAGCUACGCAGGGUAAGCCGAUUGAAGCUGAGGGUGAGAGUGACGAGGAUGAUGAUGAUGAUGAAGACAGUGAUGAUGAAGAAGAAACUGAUGAGGAGGAAUUGGCAGACACAAAGAAGGAUACGGGCAAAAAGAGAUCUGCUCCAGAGGCAAAGACCCCUGCUCCCAGCAAGAAGACCAAGUUGGUCACUCCUCAGAAAACUGGCGGGAAGAAAGCCGGUGAACACCAGGCAACUCCUCACCCUGCGAAGCAAGCAUCGAAGACAGCAUCCACCAGUGACUCCAAGUCUCAUGUUUGCAAGUCCUGCGACAGGACAUUCGGCUCCGAUAAUGCUCUGCAAUCUCAUACCAAAGCCAAGCACGGUGAUGCAAAGUGAGAUGGGGUUUGCCAGCAGGGAAAGUGAAGCUUUUGUUGUGUUUGCUUUAUCGCUGUUUUGAACAUUUUGUGGAGUGUGUUGAAGCAGGUAGACGGGAGACGUUAGGUAGUAUAUCUGAUGUUUGUGUAUCUGUGCUUGGACAAUUAGUAGCUCUUUUGUCAACCCUUCUGCUUUAAACGAAUAUCCCAAAUCUUUGAACAGCUUCAUGAAUGAUUUGGGCUCUUCGCACUACACCAUCAAGUAUUGGUGGAAGAGAAUUGACGAGAUUUUGCUGGAGGAGAUGUUUAUCUUUUUUUUAAGAACCAAACUAGAGUUUUAUUUAAACACCAUGUUAUCUAAACCUCAGUACGCACGCCUUGUUGCAACCUAAUUAAGAUGCUAAUUAAGCAGAUCAACCUACAAAUUCUUCUCAUACGAGUUAAGCAGAUCAAUCAUCUCAACUUCAAUCUUGUUACGACGUAUUAAACGUCCACCUACCAUCUCAAUAUUUAACACUUACUAACUUUGAUUGGAAUAAAAAGGUUAAAAAUUA